AUGUCUUCAGAAAAGAAAACUCAACAACAACAUCACAAAAAGGAGGCCAUUAAUCCUUUAGCAGUUGCUAAAUUAUUGGGUCCUUCCAAUCCCAAGUUGGAUCAUCUUAUUCGAUUCUUGAACAGCGUUCGAGGUACUGACAAAGUUCUGAUGUUCAUUCAAUAUUGGUCAAAAGUCAUCAUUUGGUUUGCUCAAAAACGUUCAGCUCCCUUAAAAACUGCCACAGCUGCCAUUUCAUUCAUUCAGCGUAUUCAAAACUUUGCAGGACCUGUAAGUGAUUUCCGUAUCUUAUUGCGUUAUUAUGGCUUGCUGCCCAUGGUGCAAUAUAUGAACUACUUGGAAUACAAUCAACCACCUAGCAAAAUUGCACUCACAAUUGAGCGUCUUCAAAAUUGGGCAAAUGUCAUCUACUAUCCUUUGGAACACAUUUAUUGGUUGGGUGCUCAUCAAGUCAUCCCCAUCAGUGAAGAAAAGACCAACAAGAUUGGAAUGUGGAGUUGUCGUUUCUGGGCUGCAUAUGUAAUUUUAGAGUAUGGUAGACUUGGAGAGCAAUACAGAAAUCUGAAAAAGAGAGAGACUGGCUUGUUGAAGCGUAUUAAGGCUGGUGAUAUCGAGACUCAUGAGGACCCUGAAGCUGAGAUGGCAUCCAUCAAGGCCGAAAGAACAACCAUGAUUGUCAAUACUUGCAUCAACACAGGUUAUCUACCCUUAACUGUUCAUUGGUCAUUAGAGAAGUCAAGCUUCCCUGAUGUCCUGGUUGGUGUCUUUGGUGGUUUUGCAUCCAUUUUCCAAAUCUAUGCUGCAUGGAAAGCAACUGCUUAA